AUGGAAGUAUGGCCGAAGAAAAUGUGAGAAUUGAAGAAAGUUUAAAAGUGAAAAUAGGUGAAGCCAAAAAUCUACCAAGCAACAGUUUAUCAGGAACAGGGAAAAGUACAUUCUGUGUAAUAAGAUUAGAUCACGAAGAAAUAUACAGAACAUCUACAGUUGAAAAGUCUCUCAAUCCAUUUUAUGGUGAAGAGUUUACAGGAGAAAUUCCAAAGAAGUUUAGAUACUUAUCUGUUCAAUUGUAUGAAGCCAGUCAAAAUAAAAGUAAGGUUAUUGGAAAAACAACUUUAAGAAGACAGGAACUGUACAAGUAUCAUGGGAAAGAGCACUGGUUCCCUUUAGUACCAGUUGAUGCUAAUAAUGAAGUUCAGGGUAAAGUCCACUUGGAGAUCAAGUUUGAUGAAUACUUAAAUGGUGAAUCAGAAAAUUAUACCUCACAGGGUUUGUCCGUCAGGGUACUAGAAUGUAGUGACUUACCAGUAACAAAUGGAGGGUGUAAUCCCUAUGCUAUGGUGACCUUGACCUACAGUAAGUCUAGGAACAAAGCUGAUAUCAGAAGGACGACAGUCAAGAAGAAGACAACUUGUCCACAGUUUAAUGAAUGUUUUCAGUUUGUAUUGGGAAGUAAAGGCCAGAACUCGGACAGACAGACAUAUUAUAUAGAAGAUGAAUUUAACAUUGAUCUUGGAGUCUCAAUAUGGCAUGAUGAUUCUAGAAUGUCGAGAGAAGUAUUUGGAAAAAUAUUUCCAGGAUCAUUUCUUGGUGAAGUUAAAAUGCCUCUAAAAGAUCUAACCUCUGGUACAGUGCACAAUGCAUGGUACUGUUUGCGGAGACGUGAGAGUUGGAAGCCACAUCAAUAUGAUCUUGGUUCCUUAAGAUUAAAAAUCUCCUAUACCUCAGAUCAUGUUUUCCCACCGGAAUACUAUGAUGAAUUACGGGAGCUGCUCCUACAGUCUCCUGAUAUCGAGCCAAUUACCUCAAGUGCAGCUUACAUACUCAGUGAGGUUGUAGAUCAUCGACAGGAUGCAGCACAACCUCUCAUGAAAAUAUUUCUCCACCAUAAUAGAUUAGUCCCAUUUAUCAGAUCCCUGGCAAAGUAUGAAAUUGACAGAACAGCGGAUCCUCACACAUUGUUCCGUGGUAAUACUCUAGUUACAAAGUUGAUCGAUGAGUUGAUGAAACUGACUGGUUUACCUUACUUGCAGGAAACAAUUAAGGCUACAAUAGACCAGAUCUGUAUAGAACACAAAUCUUGUGAAAUUGAUCCAACCAGAUUAAAAGAAGGAGAGAUCCUUGAAGAAAAUAUGGACAGUUUGAAAAGUUAUGUGCAGAGUAUUUUUCAAGGAAUUAUUUCAUCAUCAUUAUUGUGUCCAACUAAUAUGUGUGAAGUAUUUUAUGCCCUGAAAGAUAUCGCCCACCACUACUUCAAAGAUUCCAGUGAAGUUAGAUAUCAGGCUGUCAGUGGAUUUGUUUUCCUCAGAUUCUUUGCUCCUGCCAUUUUAGGACCAAAACUUUUUGAUCUCAGAAAUGAUACUCAGGACAGUAUUGUUAAUCGGACAUUAACAUUAAUAUCCAAAGCAAUACAAGGAUUAGGAAAUCUAGUCAGUUCUAAAACGUUAUCCUAUGGGUUAAAGGAAGAUUAUAUGGUGCCAUUAUUUCAAUAUCUGUCUCAGCCAUCACACAUUGAAGCCGUCCGUAUGUAUUUAGACAUCAUAUCAUCUGCAGCAAGAGCAAGAACACAAAAUGUUUCCGGUGAAGCACCCAUUAUUCUCAAAGAAGGGACAUUAAUCAAAAGAGCUCAGGGGCGUAAAAGAAUACUUAAAGUGAAGAACUUUAAAAGAAGACAUUUCUGUUUGACAAAUCAAAAACUCUCCUAUUCAAAAAACAGGGGAGACAAUCCGUUAUAUGAAAUCCCUAUAGAAGAUAUUCUGGCUGUGGAAACACUGCAAGAAGAAUCUUUCAAAAUGAAAUAUAUGUUCCAAGUGAUUCAGCCUGAGAGAGCUUUGUAUAUCCAAGCAAAUAAUUGUGUUGAAGAGAAAGAAUGGUUGGCCAUUUUAACAAAAGUGUGCAACAGAAACAAGAAUCGACUUAAGACAUUCCAUCCAGCAGCUUAUAUCAAUGGACACUGGUUAUGUUGUAAGAAGAUAGAAUCCUCCUGUGAAGGUUGUACACCCGUGUCUGGUGGUCUACAUGCUACAGAUAUUCAGGUCUCUAUUGAUUCAGAUAGAGAAGUGGAGAAAAUACAUUCCCAGUUCUUAGCUAAUAGAGAAAAAUUAGAGGCCAUGCAAGCUGUCAUGGAACGGAGGGAUGCAUGUGCUGAUCAGGAAGUAUACACAGGGGAAGAUAACUACCAACAUCCUUACAUCGAAGACACAAAGACGUGUUUUGUUACACUGAAUGAAGUACUUAAAUGUGUCAUAAGUCUGGAACAGGAACACAUGCAAUACAGAAAAAAUAAACAACGGAAUACAGUCAUUGGUUCAAUAGAUGCACCGUUUGGUGAUGAAAGUGUUGUAUCCUACCAAGAAAAUUCCCGGUUAUGACGUAAUUCCCACCGUGAUGUUCUCAUGUUUUAUUUUGUAUGUGUUCAAAAGAUGUCAAAGAUCAAAUUGCCAUUUGAAAUUACCAGAAAUGGAUAUUUAUAGUUAUUAUAUAAGUUCAAAAUGAAGGGUAUACUCUGCAAUAUUUCUAUUAACUGCAACCUUGACAAAACAAGGCUACACUUUUUUUUAAGAUUGAAACAAAUAAUCUUGCUAUUUUAGCUUAUAAUUAAUCAAAUUUAAGAUUUUAUUACUCCAAAAAUAAAUGUCUUCUGAUGAUAUGAGUCUUGCAUCAAGGUUAAGCUAAGGCUUCAUUUAGAGUUUAUAUAUGGAAAAAUAAAAUUUAAUUCCACAUUCUUCUUGAAGAUUUUACAAAAAAAUCAGUUUUGAGAUGUACACUUCAAGUUUGCAUAGAAAACUACACCUCAGAGACUUACUGACUGUACAUGUGUAAUUAGUGUUACAUUUGUGCUAUGUAAUUUGUUAAGUGCUGGUAAUUCAUAAAUUUUGUGCCAUUUUUUAAUUAUUUUUUUGGUGGAUUUUCAAUCUUUACAAUUUUUAUAUCAAUAAACAAAGUACAAUUAAUAUUUAAAACUGGUGUGAAAACAAAUUUGGAAAGGGGAAUCCAUCUUUCAAUUUAUUUAUUUUGUUGUUCUGUGUCUCAUUCUAAGUUUUUCAUAGAAACAUUUGAAAAUUCAAACUUUUCUUAACUUAUUUCUAUGAAAUAAAUUCCUGAUAUUUUUUUAUUUCCAACUUGAACUUGGAUUUUGUACCUUCUCUUUUACUUAAUAGAGAUGCCUUUUUGCAUCUCUGGAAAGGGCUUCUUAAGUUGAAUAUACAUUAAAAUGUCAAUAUUUUUGUGGAGAUUUUCAAGAUUGUGUUCAUGCUUGUUUACUGAUGACAAACGUUUUUUUCUAGUUGAACUUAAACAUAAUGCAUAUGUAUUUUUAGUUCGCGAGAAGGCAUUAUAAUUCUGUUUGUAAUGAAUGCUAUUAAAAUAAAUGAUUUCCUUUCUGUGUUAGGGAAUACAUGUAUUAAUUUUAAAAAAAAGAAACUUAAUAUUUAAAAAUGGCAUUUACUGAAAUAUAACAUUUUGAGCUUUAAAUGGCAUAAAGAAAUGUUGAAAUAUCACAAAAAAAAUACUGCAUUUUUUAUUGGCAUUGUUAUUACUUGGAUUUAAAAUACAUGUAGCACUCAAACUUAAGUUUCAGAUCAGGGUUAGAACUAUCAAACCAAUGUGUAUUUAAUGUAAUGCACUGUCAAGUACUUUUUAAAUAAGGAUGAAUUAAAAAAAUUAAUAUAUUUUUGAGAUCAUUUUUAAUUAUUUAUUUGUAUCAAAAUUUGUAGUUUGCCAUUUUGAGGACUAUGAAGAAGAAUGUUGUUUUUUUAAGUUUAUAUUUCACUUUCCAAUAUUUUUGUUAAAAAAGAAAAAAAUAAUUAAAUUUUUUUAGGUUAUUAAGACCAUGAAAGAUAACUAUGUGUUUAUACAAAACUAUUUAUUUUUAUCCUUACACAAGCUCUACCCUUACCCAUAAUCUGACCCAAACCUUAAUAAUGCUAAGCCAAACAUUAUAAAUGAAACCCUUAGCCAAAAGUACAGAGUCUUUUAAGGUAAAUGCAAAUUAUAAAGUAGUGGUACUUCAAAUGCUUUGACUGUAAUUUGUUUUUACAAUUUUGACCGUACUAUCUUAAAAUAUUUAAAUGGCUUUAUUUUAAUUAUUGUUUUAUUCAUUGAAAAAUGUAUUUAUGACAUGUCUGUCACUUUACAUCUAUUAACAUUCAUGAGAAAACCCUUGGGUUUAUUACACAAGCUGUAUCCUAGUCUUGUUCAAUUUUCUUUUAGUUACCGUAAAACAAACCUUUAAGGGGAGGGUCCUAUUUUGAAAGAGCAACAUUCAUCAACUGUUAUCACUCUUAAAAUUAUGCUUUUGUAAAUUAACUUGACCUUUUGACACAUGUCUAAUUUUCUGAAAUGGCAGAAUGUAAUUUUUGUUAUAAGUAGUAGCAUUUCAAGCAUGAAAUGGAAGUUGUUAUGCAUAAUCAACUUAAUUUUGGUUUAUGAAGAUGUAUUUUCAUUAAAUGGCAUUUUUUUUCUUCAGAGAUUCCUUACAUGUAUAUGCUUUGUCAUAUAUUUUUGUAUCAUUACAAAUGACAUCCUUUUGUAUAUAUUUUAUUCUAACGACACAAAUUAUAUGUAUUUUUUAAAUUUGUUACUGUCAGUAUUCCUUUUCUUUGUUAUUGUUUAUUUGUAAAUAGAAAACUUUUAUUUUGUUAUUUUGUCAUCUGAUUUUAUCAUAAUAUGUGUAAACAUUAUAGUAGAGCCUGCUCUAUUUAAAAACAUAUUUGUGGAAGGCACUAACAUUUCUUGUAUGGGCCACAGUAUCAAAACUUCAUUCUCAGUAUAAAUACAGAACAAUGUCUAAACCUUACUGCUUCUACAGCAGUGUGCCUUUAUUGAGUCAACUUUUUUAAUGGCGCUGGGUGAUGAUUGUCGUUGCCCGACUUUAAAGAACGUCAUUUUCGAUGUUGUGUAAUGUAAAAGCAGUAAAACAUGUUUAAAGGGGGAUUACUCGAUCUUAUCUUUUUAAAAUAGGAUUUUAUAACGGAAUCGUAGCACAGUUUUUACCAAAAUUGGACAGAAGCUUCUUACAAUCAAAAGAUUGUAUCGAAAGGAAUAUUGUUCUUAUUUUUUUUCCUCAUUUUUGUUGAGCCUGCGAUUAACAGCAAAAGUAGGCGAGACACUGGGUUCCGCGGAACCCUUAUGAAUUUUUUUUCUUGGUAAUUUCAGUGAAAAUGUUAAUCAAAAUAAUUGAAACAAAAAGGAGGAUGUAUGAUAAGAGCCCUUUUAUUAUUUGUCCCUUAAAAUUAUUAAAUUGUUGAAGCCAGUCAAAAUGAUGUUGAUUUAUUGAGGAAUAAAUAGGAUGAAAAAUCUAGGCAUCUUAAUGCUGAAAUAUCAAUUGUGAUGUCACUAUGAUGUCAUAACAUGUCGAAAUUGACAAAUAUGACCAUAUAGUUUUGGGGUCAAAAAAAGAUACAAGCCACAGCCUUACCUAAAAAGAUAUUUUAUCUACAGUGAAUAUGUAAUUUUGUAGCAAAAUAAACUUUUGGGUUAAGUUCUUGGCUCAUAUCUAAAUAUCUCAAAGUGAGUGUUUUUUGGCAAGCAUACUUGUAUUGUAUUUAAACUUCAUUUUUAUUUCUAGCUGUUGACAGUUUGCUUUUAAGACAUUUUUAUAGAUAUGUAAAGUCUUUUUUGGUUGAAUUAACUUUGGACAAGUUCAUUAUUCAAUGGUAGAUAUGUUGUUUUUUUUUCCCUCAGAAAACAUUACUUUGACUGUUUUGUUUAUUGACUUGCUUAUGUUUUACAUUUCACAUGAAGAGAAUUUGCAACAGGUAGUUGCACUUCAAGUCGGACUGAUUUAAUUUAUGAUAUAAUGCAAUAUAAGGGAUAAAAUUAUUCUUUAUUAUUAAAGGUAUUUCAUGUGCACCUGGCUUAAUUAUUUUUAUUAGAUUGUUUUUACUCCUUUCAAGUUGGUGCAACAAUUGUUUUCACCAUAUUUUCUUGAAUUGUUUUAGUAUUUGUUAUAUGUCUGUUGAAAGAUAUUGUACAAAAUUUGAUUAAUAAAAACU